AUGCCUUGCGGUAUUCGGAACAAGCCCAAUCUCAUUCUUAUCAAUGCUGGCACCAAUGAUGCUAUACAAGGAGAUGAUCGUGGCGGGGCCGACUACGUAGCUGCAGCUGCGGACCGCAUGAAGUCCAUGGUCGACGACAUCUGGUCCUUGGGGGACCCAGAUGCUGUUAUCAUACUUUCUACGCUUCUUCCGCAAAGCGAUAGCCACCACAACGACUAUGCCAAUACUAUCAACACGGGAUUGCGAUCACUAGUUCAAACCAAACAAGCCGCUGGACAACACAUUCAGCUCGCUGAGAUGAGCCCAAUAAACAACAAUGGCGGAGCAACGUUCUACAUGGAAGUUGGUGACCUCACGGACGGCAUCCAUCCCCGACAUGAUACGUAUCCGAAAAUGGCGGCUAUCUGGACCGCUGCCAUCAAUAGGGUCAUCGAAAAAGGCUGGAUAAAAGACCCUGUUGACAAUGAAGGCUCCAAUGCAGGAGGCGUGUGUAUUCCCGCACAAAGUGAUUUUCGUGGACCUAUUCAAACUCAGCGCGGCUCGGGUGCUGAUGACGGAACUUACACUCACAGCAGUACACAAUGGAGUACCUCGAAUCAUGAAUCGUGGGUUGGAGAUGAUUCGAUCCUGAAACAGUUCCAUUAUGCGCAAUUGACUAAUCCUGGCAAUGCAGACCGUGGCGCCGAGUUGGACGAGCUGAUUAGAGUCCUGGAUCCGGACCAACGAGGUGAUGGGCUACCCUAUGAAAUUGAUGUCAAAUCACAAUGCUUGAACCGCGGUGUUAGAUGGGGUGAUAUCAACAACGACGGUCUCGACGACUUCAUCUGUCUCAACCUCGAAGGUAACAUGUACGCGUCCAUCAACAAAGGCGGCAACCCACCAACUUUCGAGUACAUUGGUCAGAUCUAUACGGGAAUGGACUGGGCUCCCCAGGAACGAAUCCGCCUUGGAGAUAUCGACGGCGAUGGAAGACUUGAUUAUUGUGCCAUUAAUGACAUUGGUGAUAUCUACUGUUGGCGCAAUGGCGGCUCAGGAGACGCUCCUGAAUACUGGCAAGGUAUGGUAGGUGGGGCGCCCACUUUCGAACACAAAGGCAUGCCAGGCAUUGAAGGCGUCCAUCUACUUGACAUCAACGGUGAUUUCAAAGCGGACUGGGUAUAUCUCUUCGAAGAUGGCUCCACUCGUAUUUUCAUCAACCAACGCGGCUCCAAGGAUGAUGGUGGAAAGCUCAAGCCAUAUUGGAUCGAGGCUACCAACGGCGCACGUGGCUUCCCUGACGACCCUGACAUGAACCAAGACCACGCGAAGUUUGGCAGGAUCACCGGAGGAGAUCCCGGACACCAAGAUUAUGUGCAUGUCGUGGAGACAAGCGCAGUUGCCAACGGUAAAACUACAUGGUCGUACACAUUCGACGUUUUCAAGAACACUGGUUCAGGCGGUACUAAAGUAAAAGGCGACGGUGUGCAUUACUGCGACAUGUUCGGACGAGGCCACGAUGAUUAUCUCUGGGUUUGGUCAUACGGAGGUGUCGAGCUGUUUGAGAAUACUCAAAACCCGCCUGCGUGGACUACCCAUGGCGAGAUCAUCAACGUCAAUCGAGACCGUAAGAGCCUUCAUUUUGGAGACUGGGAUGGCGACGGUCUCUGCGAUAUUCUCGCCGUUGACAAACACACGGGCAAUGUGGAUAUGUGGAAGAACACUUGGACUUCGGGACAAGCAUCGCCAACAUUCGAAUACCGUGCCGGGAUCGUUACAGGCAGCAAAUGUACAGAAGGUUGGGGCGUCGGGACUUUCGAUCUUGGGCUUCGAUUCGCCGACAUCGACGGUGAUGGCCGCGUAGACUACCUUUGCAUGGAAGAAGACGGUCGAACUUAUGGUUAUCUGAACACCGUAAAUGGACUUACGUACUCGAAGCAAUUCAAGUUCUCGGAGGGCUUUGACCGCGCUAACCAUCGAUUUGCUGAUGUAAACGGUGAUGGCAAGGCAGAUUUCUUAUGGGUCGACAAGUUCACAGGCGAGGUUCGGCUGUGGUUGAAUGGUGGGCCGCAGGACACAGGUGGCAGCACCUUUUUCUGGGACAAACAACCGACUCCCUGGUUGGCGGCCAAUGAUUUCCCUGCCGACCGAGGCGCGAACAUAUACUUUGCCAAGAUGGGUGCCACAGGCCGCGCAGAUGUGAUCAGAAACAUGCCCAGAACGGACAUUGCCUGGACUUGGUUCAACGAGUGCGAUGGCGGUGGCAACGUUGGCAACGGACCUGACGACGGUGCUCCAUCAGACCCUCGGUUGCCCGCUUAUUCGGACGGUCUCGAUAACGGCGGCAGCGGCGGCGGUGGCACCGACCCCGGCGACGGCAGUACCAUUGGACUCACACUUCUUACCAUCGAAGCAGCAAGCACCAUUGUCCAUAUGCCUCUGGACGCCUCCAGUUUGGCAUACGACGUGUUGACCUCGUCGACAUGCCCGGCGACUAAGCGCGCCGACGACUUCACUGUUGCGUGUCUCGUCAGCACUGCCACGUCCCUACUCCGCGAUGUCAACAUGGUUUCAACGUUGACGGAAUUGUAUCGGGGAAACCCCAUCCCUGGUACUCUUGCGGAUCUCACCAACGUGCCCAAGUACACCUUAGAGACCAUUAACUCGGCUUUUGUCGAUGGUCUCCCUGCUGCUGCCAACUUUUUGAAAGCAGACGAAACUGACCUUAGCAUUACAGAGCUCAUCUGGUUGUACUACACUAUUAUGGACACCGCUGCCAGAUACCUCAACCUACACGCAACCGACUACACGGCCUUUUCCACAGCGCGAGUUGGGAACAUGGAAUUGACGUGCCCACCUGUGGAAGAUGUUCCCUGCGAGCAUACGCUUUGCGUCGGUGGUGACGAUGCGGUAUGCACUGGCUUUUUGAAGAACUGCGCUUGCGAUCGACAGAGAUGCACGGUGCAAUACAGCGAGACGGAAUGGUGGCCAUUCUGCGGCAUGACCACCUGCGCGCCCGUUGAUUCCAACGGUCUCUGUAUGGCCGAAGGGAAGUACAACAAGUGUCCUUGUGCCGGAGAUGCAUUUACUGAGCAGCUCACAUGGUACUCGGCAAGCGACUUGAGCCAGAUUUGGCUUGGUCCUAAUGCCGGCGGCUCUGGACCUGACACUAGGGUCUGCUACAAGAAAGGAGACGAUACGCACACUCCACGGACUAAUGAUAGGAACAACUGGAAAUUCAUGGAGCAAUCGGUCCUCGAUACGAAUAUCGAUACUUUCUGCAACGACUUCGGUUCUAUCAACGGGGGUGGCGAAGGUGGUAGUGUGACAACGUUUAACAGUGGCUCGAUGAACGAAGCCGUACUCUCGUUGGAAUAUGCGGAAGGAACCACUUUGUCCGUUGACGAAUGCAAAGCGAACUUCAAGCAGCUUAGUGCAGAUUGCGACUACUCCUCGGUCGCCAACCAGUUCAACUGGAAAUGGGGCGGCGAGUUCUUCCACGAAGGCGUCACAUAUAUCAUCGAUCCGCGAUUCACACGUGUCCCUGUCCGACACGACCCCGACACUGACUGGUGGCGUGUGGGAGACGGCACGCAUUCCUGGAACAACGGCAGGACCGUGGCUGAAGGUGAUCCCAGGCUGGGGGCGAACGGUCAGCCACUCGACAUGGUGAUUCUGAUCCAGUGCAUCCACCACCUGGCAUUCCUGGACUGGAACAAUGGAGCACCUCAGGACUGUGCGAAUGGCUUGGUCGACUUGAGCGGAUCCGGCACUGUUGUCUAUAACAGUUGGUCGACCUGUUGGCAGCAGACAUGGCAGAUGCUCGCUUGGCAAUUUCUUGAAGAGGAUGCCCUUUGUGGCUACUCGAAUCACCAAGGUGGAGCAGCUGGGCCUUCCGGUGCCCACUGCUGGAUGGGUGUCAACUGUUGGGAUGGAGUAUAG